AUGGUCACGCCGGCGGUGCCUGAGAUUAUUGAGGACGAGGAUAUCGGUCUCGCGGUAGAUGCUCGGACAGAAUCUUUGCCAGGGCUGCGUGAACUAGGACCGCCCGACCUCGUCCACCUCGUCAAGCAGAGUACCAAAGCCGGCGCAAAGCAGACGGGCGUAUACCACCAUGUCACCGGCAUUGAUGCUUCCUCCUCCGCGAGCUUGGCUGCAUACGUAAACACCUUGACUUUCAAUCCCGCCGACAAGACGCACAAGGUGGUCUCGGGGCUAUAUUGCUGCUACAACGCCUUCUCGCACCUGGACAUGCGAGUUGAAGUCAAAAUACCCGGGAGUGUCGAGAGCUACUGUGUCGAUGAAAGAGGAGACAGAAGAGUUGCAACAGAGAGUCUAUGGCUGGAAACGUUCCUCUGCGCGGUCCUGCGAGCAUAUUCAUACUCAGACAACGGGAGUGGUGACACAAUAAAGAAGAUCAUUGGCGUCAGGAGAUUCAAUCCAAUCAUUAACACUGAGCUGGAGCACAGAUUCUUCGAGGCGGCCGAAAGGUUGUUCUUCAGCGGCCGGCAGCUGGGCUCGGAUCCGGAAAUACAAAUUCCCAAUGUCGUGUCGAAUCAUCUCACUGCGGGACUGCUGAAAUACAUUCAAACUACCGGAAGAUACACGUCAGGAAUCAAUUUGUUCGAAAAGCUGCGCACAAAGGACGUCGAGGUAUCCUCACUACUGGCUCGAGUGCUCCUAGACGGCGAUGAGGAGAUUCAGGCCGUCCGGCUGCUGCAUGACUCCUUGGAGGAUGUGCCAAUGGACUAUGCUCUUCUUGACUGCCAGGCUUCUUUCUGUGAGAGCAAGGGAGAAGGUGAAAUGGCUCUGGAAUUGGCCAAACAAGGGGUCACUGCUGCACCUAGUGAGUUCAGCACUUGGGCUCGGCUAGCGGAGGUGUACGUCGAUCUGGAGCAGUGGGAUCUCGCUCUGUUGACUCUGAACUCGUGCCCCAUGUUCUCAUACCAAGACAAGGACUCGCCGAGGAUGCCUGAGCCGAGUCGCGUCCUUUUGCCAAUCCUGCCGGAAAGCGCACUGGAUGAAAUCGAUGAGGGACAGCCUCGACAAGGAGAGCCAUUCGAUCAAGUACAUGUCUCGUUACGGAAACUCCAGGCUGCCACUUAUCAAGGGACUUUCUUGAAAGCAUACAGCUUGCUUACCCGGAUUGCGGCGGCUAUCGGGUGGGAUACGCUCCUGAAAACCCGGAGUCAGGUCUUUGUCAUGGAAGAGGAAUAUCGUUCCGAAAGGCAACAUUCCUUCACACCCAAAACGCCAGCUAGCAAAAACGCCAGCACAAUUGCCUUAUCCGGCACUCCGAAUGGGGAUCCCAAGGCAAAUGGAAAUGGAGCAGAUGAGGACGAUGAAUCAGAUGGCGGCUCUGGGACGGAAGAGCCCAGAAGACACGAAGAUGGUCUCGAUGGAGCUUCCUCUACAGCGCCGACGCUGAAUGGUGGCUUGAGCACGAAUGAGAACGCCGAAGUAAAGGCUGACCAGUCGAUGGAGAAACCUGUGCCAACUAUCGCAGCUGAAGAAGUCAAAUCGGGAAACGACGAACCAGACCAGGAUCACGCACAGUAUCCACAGUUCCAGAACAAGCGCCUCUGUGAACGAUGGCUGGAUAACCUCUUCAUGGUGCUUUAUGAGGACCUGCGGAUCUACACCAUCUGGCGAACAGAAAUGGGUCAGUACCGACAACAGCAAAUGCAGUACAAAAAGUCGGCUGCUGAGUGGGAGAUUCUCGGUGAUCUUGCUGAACGACUACACCACACGAACGAGGCAUUAGAAGCGUAUCAGCAGUGUCUCAACAUUCGAUUUUCACCAAAAGCAAUGAAGGGCCUUUUGAAAAUGUAUGAAAAGAAGGGUGAUACGAGAAAUAUCCUUGCCUGCUUGAUCCGCCUGAUCACAUGGCAGUACCGAUGGUAUUCAGAGUUCUCGCCCGAACUCUUCUAUUCAAUACGCAAACUUAUUGAAGAAGAAGGCGCCGUCAAGAUUCGCUCGAUCGUUCAGAGCACGAACCUACCACAGCACGUCCUAGAUCUAACGCAUGAAUAUUGCCGGCUGUGUGUCACCUUUAGAAGCAGCGGAACGGACGGUUGA